CCACCCAGCAUCUCCUCAGCAUCGAUCCGGAGCACGCCCGAGCCCUCGCAGAGGGCCAUUCAUAUCUGAGAGCAGUCCCAGCAUGAUCGCCAUCGCGUGCGUGCCUCAUCAUUUCGUGCUCUCGUCAGCAAGUCACCGCUCUCACCCAACUUGCCGAUCUCGUCACGAGUGACGUAUCUGUCGCAACUUCUGCUCCACAUAUCUCCCCCACAUCGCGCUCGGAUCGCCCAUCGCUCCGUCUCUGAGCGAGACACACCAUAACCUCGACCUUCAACAGCCCCGCCGACACCCCCGUCGGCUCCCCCUCGCUCCCGCCGUACGGCUUUCCCCGCCCACCCUCGUGGGACCCCGAAGAGGACGACGACAUGGCCUCCGCCCUCAAGCUCUCGCCGGCGCUCAAGGCGCUCAUCAAGCUGCCUGCCGCGCGCGGCUCGCCGACCCCUGCCCCUGCCCUCCCCGUCCUGCGCGGGCUGUUCGACCGCGUCCGCUCGCGCGGUGAGGCCGGCGGCAUCGGCCGCGACACCUGGCUCUCGAUGAACACCAGCGCUCUCUUCGCGAUCAACAGCCCUGACGCGUUGUGUGCACUCUACGACUACGCCGUGGCCUCUGACAAUGUCAGGGGUCGCGUGCAGGCCGCCGCGGUGAUGCGCGAGUCUGGAUUGAAGAGCAUCUCCUUCACGGGUAUUCCCAAGGUUAUUAACAACCUGAACGCGCUGCGUGACCACAUGCCCGAGGACGUCAAGGCGGGCCUGUCGACGCAGUCGCUGCGCCAGCCCACAGACAUUCCCGCGCUCUUCGCGCGCGGCAUGGCCCUCUGGGACGGCAUCUACGAGCCGCACAGCAAGAAGCUCGUGGCGAAGCUCGCCGACAGCCACCCGGACCUGCCCGUGCACAUCCUCAACUCGCACUACGGCCCGCUGCUGUCCGACCCCGCUGUGCAGGUGCCCGAGGGCGCGUUCCUCCUCGGCCGCGUGCUCACGUCUGUCAUUGCGAUCGCAGGGCUGCGCGCGCAGACUGGUGUCGGACCGCAGGUUACGUCGCACGUGUUCGGCCUUAAGAAGGCGUUGCUGGAGGGUGGGGGCGGCGACGGGUCUGUCCUCCAGGGGCAGGAGUGGCUCACGUCCGACGAGGGUGUGACAUGGGUAAUCGAGAGCGUGGACGAGAUUGGAGCUGUCAUGCGUGGCGAGAAGCAGUAGACGGAGCAAGCAAAAGGCGGCUGCGUGCAGUCAUUCCAGACUUUUUUUUUGUACCACAUCUGAUGUACGCAUCGAAUCGCUUUA